CUAGGCACAUUCAAGUCUCACGACGGAGACUAUUUUGUAGAGCCAUUGCUUUCACUUGAAGAACAGGAGUAUGAAGAAGAGCACAACAAGCCACAUCUAGUCUAUCGCCACCGAACACCUCACACCAACUCUUCAGGGGACAGGCAGACUUGUGAUACUUCAGGUCAUGAAAAUAGUCACAAAAAGAGCAAGCGGAAACACUGGAGAAAACAGUGGGUAGAAAACAGCAUGUUGUCUGAUGUGGAGACCUUAAAACAUAGCCUCAAUGUGAAAUCAUUUUCUAUGGAGAGCAACAAGACUGGGAACAUCAGUGACAAGAAGAGCCACAGAAGGACAAAACGGUUUCUCUCCUACCCUCGGUUUGUCGAAGUGAUGGUGGUGGCUGAUAGUAGGAUGGUUGCCUACCAUGGAGCUAAUCUGCAGCACUAUGUCCUGACAUUAAUGUCAAUAGUAGCUUCUAUCUACAAAGACCCAAGUAUUGGAAAUUUAAUUAAUAUCGUUAUUGUGAAAUUAGUCGUGAUACAUAACGAACAGGAUGGUCCUGCAAUAUCUUACAAUGCCCAGACAACAUUAAAAAACUUUUGUCAAUGGCAACAAUCCCAAAACCACCCUGAAGGAAGUCACCUUCAACAUGAUACAGCUGUGCUGGUUACCAGACAGGAUAUUUGUAGAGCACACGACAAAUGUGAUACUCUGGGUCUGGCAGAGCUGGGCACAGUUUGUGAUCCAUACAGGAGCUGUUCAAUUAGUGAAGACAACGGGCUGAGCACUGCUUUCACAAUAGCACAUGAACUUGGCCAUGUAUUUAACAUGCCACAUGAUGACAAUCAUAAAUGCAAAGAAGAUGGAGGUAAAAAUCAACAGCAUGUCAUGGCGCCAACGCUGAACUUCUACACCAAUCCCUGGAUGUGGUCAAAAUGCAGUAGGAAAUACAUCACUGAAUUUCUAGACACUGGUUAUGGGGAAUGUUUGCUUGACGAACCUUCAUCAAGAACUUACACAUUGCCUCAGCAGCUCCCGGGGCUGAUUUAUGAUGUCAAUAAACAAUGUGAGUUAAUUUUUGGACCUGGAUCUCAAGUGUGCCCAUAUAUGAUGCAAUGUCGGCGACUUUGGUGUAUUAACAUUGAUGGAGCGCACAAGGGAUGUCGAACUCAGCACACACCUUGGGCUGAUGGCACCGAGUGUGAACCUGGAAAGCACUGCCGGUUCGGGAUGUGUGUCCCCAAGGAGCGGGAGGCGCCGGUGCUGGACGGCGCCUGGGGCACGUGGAGCCCUUUUGGCACCUGCUCGAGGACCUGCGGCGGGGGCAUAAAGACGGCGAUCCGGGAAUGCAACAGGCCCGAGCCUAAAAACGGUGGCAAGUACUGCGUGGGCCGCCGCAUGAAGUUCAAGUCAUGCAACACGGAGCCGUGCUCAAAGCUGAAGAAGGACUUCCGCGACGAGCAGUGCGCCGACUUCGACGGCAAGCACUUCAACAUCAACGGGCUGCCCACCAACGUGCGCUGGGUCCCCAAGUACAGUGGAAUCCUCAUGAAGGAUCGGUGCAAGCUCUUCUGCCGCGUGGCGGGCAACACGGCCUACUACCAGCUCCGCGACCGCGUCGUGGACGGCACUCCCUGCGGGCCCGACACCAACGACAUCUGCGUGCAGGGGCUCUGCCGGCAAGCUGGGUGCGAUCAUGUGCUGAAUUCAAAAGCAAGAAGAGACAAAUGCGGCGUUUGUGGUGGGGAUAAUUCUUCGUGCAAAACUAUUGCAGGCACAUUUAACACGGUGCAUUAUGGCUAUAACGUUGUGGUCCGCAUCCCAGCUGGUGCCACAAACAUUGAUGUGCGUCAGCACAGUUACUCAGGGAAACCGGAGGAUGACAACUACCUGGCCUUAUCUAACAGUCAAGGAGACUUUAUAUUAAAUGGAGACUUUGUCGUCAGUAUGUUUAAAAGGGAAAUCAAAGUUGGGAAUGCCGUGAUCGAAUACAGCGGAUCAGAUAAUACUAUUGAAAGGAUUAAUUCUACUGAUCGGAUUGAGCAGGAAAUAACACUUCAGGUUUUAUCAGUGGGCAAUUUGUACAACCCUGAUGUUCGCUAUACGUUUAAUAUCCCCAUUGAGGACAAACCACAGCAGUUUUACUGGAACGCCUAUGGCCCAUGGCAGCCCUGCAGCAAGCUCUGCCAAGGAGAAAGGAAAAGGAAACCUGUGUGUACGAGAGAGUCAGAUCAGCUCACUGUGUCAGACCAAAGAUGUGACCGAAUUCCCCAGCCUGAUCCAAUAACUGAGCCCUGCGGCACAGAAUGUGAAUUAAGGUGGCACGUGGCUAGGAAGAGCGAGUGCACGGCCCAGUGCGGCCUGGGCUACCGCACGCUGGAGAUCUACUGCUCCAAGUACAACCGGCUGGAAGGGAAGACAGAGAAGGUCGACGACCGCUUCUGCAGCAGCCAGCCCAAGCCGAGCACGAGGGAGAAGUGCACGGGGGACUGCAACGUUGGGGGCUGGCGGUACUCGGCAUGGACAGAGUGUUCUAAAAGCUGCGGCGGGGGCACGCGGCGGCGGCGAGCCAUGUGCGUUAACACCUACAACGACGUGCUGGACGACAGCAAGUGCAGUCAGCAGGAGAAGCUGACGGUGCAGCGGUGCAGCGACUUCUUGUGUCCCCAGUGGAAAAUGGGCGAUUGGUCCGAGUGCCUGGUCACCUGUGGGAAAGGGCACAAACAUCGCCAGACCUGGUGCCAGUUUGGCGAAGAUCGCUUAAACGACAGGUUUUGCGACCCCGAAACGAAGCCGGAGUCGGUGCAGAGCUGCCAACAGCAGGAGUGUGCGUCGUGGCAAGUUGGACCGUGGAGCCAGUGCACCGUGACGUGUGGACAAGGCUACCAGAUGAGGGCUGUCAAGUGUGUGGUAGGCACCUAUAUGUCGGUGGUGGAUGAUAACGAGUGUAACGCUGCAACCAGGCCAACAGAUACCCAGGACUGUGAAAUAGCAGCGUGUCCUCCCCAUCCAAAUAGUCCCGAGGCCAAGAGAUCCAUAUCGGGCGUUCACAGGACGCAGUGGCGAUUUGGAUCCUGGACACCAUGCUCGGCAACGUGCGGGAAAGGCACCAGGAUGCGAUACGUCAGCUGUCGGGACGACCAGGGCUCGGUGGCCGACGAGUCGGCUUGCUCCCACCUCCCGAAGCCAUCGGCCACGGAGAUGUGCACCGUGACGCCGUGCGGGCAGUGGAAGGCCUUGGAGUGGAGCUCCUGCUCAGUGACUUGUGGUCAAGGUAAGGCAACGCGACAAGUGAUCUGCAUCAAUUACAGUGACCAGCUGGUGGACAGAAGCGAAUGCGACGCGGAUGACCUGCCUGCCACCGAGCAAGACUGCUCCGUGUCUCCUUGUCACCCAAACAGCCAUGAUUACGGCAGGCCCAUCCACCCUUUCCUCUACCCGGACCAUCGUCUCAAGCUGCAGCCGGGAGGCAGCACCAACCGAAACCGCGCGCAUGUCCCAGGGGGCAAUCAGUGGCGCAUCGGCCCCUGGGGUGCUUGCACAAAGCCAUGCGGGGCCGGGACGAGAACGCGGCUCGUGGUGUGUCAGCGCCCGAAUGGGGAGAGGUUUACGGAUCUGAGCUGUGAGAUCCUCGACAAGCCACCGGACAGAGAGCAGUGCAAUGUGCAGGACUGUCCUAGAGAUGCUGCCUGGAGCGCUGGUCCUUGGAGCUCGUGUUCUGUCUCCUGUGGAAGGGGUCAAAAGCACCGAGCUGUGUACUGUUUGUCAAAGGAAGGGAGGCAUGUAGAAGAAGAUUAUUGCAAGCACCUUGCUAAACCCAAUGUGCAAAAGAAAUGCAGAGGGGGCAGAUGUCCGAAGUGGAAAACAGGAGAUUGGGGACAGUGCACGAAGACGUGCGGGGAGGCGUCGCGGCGCCGCCGGGUGCUGUGCGUGGACGAGCGCGGGCGCGCGGGCAGCAGCGGCCGCUGCACGCGACCCACGGGGGUGUCCUGGUGCUCCGUGACGUGCGGCAAGGGCUACCGGCAGCGCCUCGUGUCCUGCAGCGAGAUCUACACGGGCAAGGACCACUACGAGUACGGCUACCAGAACACCGUCCACUGCCCCGGCACGCAGCCGCCCAACAUCCAGCCCUGCUACCUCGGCGAGUGCCCCGUCUCGGCGUCCUGGCGCGUCGGCAACUGGGGCAGCUGCUCCGUGACCUGCGGCGUUGGAGUCAUGCACCGCUCGGUGCAGUGCUUAACCAACGACGACCAGGCCAGCGGCUUGUGCCACAUGGAUCUGAAACCUGAGGAAAGGAGGACGUGCCACAAUGUCCACGACUGUGAAUUACCCAGGAGCUGCAAAGACGUUAAAAAUCUCAAAGGUGUCACUGAGGAUGGCGAAUAUUACCUUCAAGUGAAAGGCAAGACAUUAAAGGUCUAUUGUUCUGGGAUGCAGACGGACAGUCCGAAGGAGUACGUGACCCUCGUGCAUGGGGACACAGAGAAUUUUUCAGAAGUGUAUGGAUACAGGUUACAUAACCCAACCGAGUGUCCGUAUAACGGGAGCCGGCGCGAAGACUGCCAGUGUAGGAAAGAUUACACAGCAGCUGGGUUUUCCACCUUCAGCAAAGUAAGGCUGGACCUGAACACUAUGCAAAUAAUAACGACUGAUUUGCAGUUUGCACAGACACAUGAUGGACGACCUGUUCCUUACGCCACUGCUGGGGACUGCUACAGUGCAGCUAAAUGCCCACAGGGUCGCUUCAGCAUCGACCUCUACGGAACGGGCCUGUCGCUAACAGGAACGGCCAAGUGGCUCUCGCAAGGGAAUUACGCGGUGUCGGAAAUUCAGAAAUCCCCCGAUGGUACCAAAGUAGUAGGAAAAUGUGGCGGUUACUGUGGAAAAUGUACUCCAUCGUCCGGAACAGGCCUUGACGUUCAAGUGUUAUAGCAAUGGGUCUCUGCAAGCAGACAGCUGAGCUGAGAUGGAUGAAGGAUAGCGAUGCAAUACCUCUGCCUUCCACUUUUUUUAAAAAAAUCUGUUUAUGUGUGUAUAUAGAUUGCAUAUUCUUAAUGUACAGUAUAAUAUUUAUGUUUGGAAUUAUUUAUUUUGAUUUAAUAUUUUUGUACGUAAAAUCAUUAUAUUAAGGCUGCUUUUCCUAUUUUUAAUUUUUUAUUGUUAAAUCCUGCAGUCAAACCACUGCAUUUUACGUACUCUACAUUAUAUGUAGCAUUAUGACAAGUGAUACUUUAUUGUCACUGUAUUCAGUUGUUUACUUUCAAUCAGUAAUUUUCCUUCGGUUAUGGGCUGCUCUGGCCCUUAACGGUGCUACACAAUCUGCAUAGGGGUAUUUUUGGCAUUUCAAUCUGUCUUUGUGCAAGGAAAAUAGACAAGAUGUGCUUAAAUUUUAUUUUAGCAAUCAGGCCGACAGCACUCAAGGAAAACAUGACAAUGAAUACAGUGCUAGUUGCAUUAGCAAUCUUUAUCUUCUAGGUAUGUUUUGAAUUUCACAUGACCUCUGUGGCCAGUGCUAAGAGUCACUGGUUUGGUGCUAACAUGGUAUUUAUUAACACUCUGUAGUUGUAGAUACUUUAAUCCAGUGCCUUUACCAGUGAAAACAGGAAGAAAGCAGAAAAAAAACAGGCAGCCCGUU